AUGCCCUUCUUAAAAGUUAUUAAAGAUUCAUAUGUCAAACGGAAAACAGAAAUUUCAAAAAGGAAUGGUUUGCGCCACGCCAUUUUUACUCCAAAAAGUAAAAAACUUUUUAAGGGUUAUUACAGAGGCGAAUGGAAGAACGAUAUGAAAGAAGGCAGGGGUAAAAUAUUUCAAAACGACUUUAAUUCAAAUUUAUAUAGAGAUGGAUGGAUAUAUGAAGGCAAUUGGCUGAACAAUAAAAAAAAUGGCUAUGGUGUUUUGAGCAAAUUUUCAAAGGAAGACCAUACUAUUCACCAACAUUAUAUUGGUGAAUGGGUAGAUGGGAAAAAGCAAGGAUUUGCACUUAGCUGGUUCGAAAAUGGUAGUAUGUAUGAAGGCGACUUUUGUCGAAAUGAACGACAUGGUUAUGGUCGCAUGUGGCACUGCAAUGGGGACUACUAUGAGGGUUCUUGGAGAAAUGAUUUUUACCACGGCUUGGGAAUGCUCGUUAAAGCAAAUGGAAAUAGAUAUGAAGGUGAGUUUGUCAAAGGUAAGAGAGAAGGUUACGGCACGUAUUAUCACAUAAUCAGCGGUCAACAGCAAUACGGUUUUUGGAGAAACGAUUAUUUCAUAAAUGGGACCAUGUCGGAUGGAGAUUUUCGGCAGUCUGCACUCUAUCCUACGCCAUAUCCCAUUCCACGGUUGGAACUGGCUUAUAUUGAAAAAUCUCAAGGUACAGACGAAAUUAUUGACCACGAUCAAAUCACGAAAUCUAUUUCCCCUGAAUGUUCUUGCAAAAAGGGACGAAAGCACAUAAUCGCGAAUAUUUGUGUGUCCGUAAAUACAUGCCCCUGUUUGGAAUCCAUUUGGUAAACAAAUAUUUUUUUGUCCUUCAAAGUAAUAUGUAAUACAAGGGGAUUCGAUGUACUUGUAUAAUUUAUUCUAGCAAAAUUGCCUCAAUUUUAUAUAUUUUUAUGUCGACGCAUGUACGUAUAAACUGUCUGUUCAUAAUAAAAGUUAUGUACAGUUCAAAUUGUAGCUUUUUCAGUUACGGCAGUAACUUAAUCGUCCAAGUGUAAACGUAACAAAGGCAAUUAGAUAAUGAACUAUUUCGUCUCCACGUAAAAAACCUGAAAAGUCACUUGAGCACGGGACGCGUUACACGAUAUAAAGAAUGAACAGGCGAAACUGAAAGAAGUACGAACAAUGCUGUUCGAAAACAAGCACGUUGUCAAAA